UCACGAAAGCGGCCGGCGUUGAUGUCGGUGGCUUCGACGGAGGGCUCACUACCUCCGGGAGGAACUCCGGUGGAUCGGGAAGUGAUAGGAAGUGAUGGAAAACAGAGUGACGUACCAAAAGAAGCAGAUAUGGUUUUGAAUGAACAAGUGAUCGAGAAAGAGGAACUAAGUGUUGUAGGGCAACAGAAGAAAUCGGGAUCGUGGGCAGGGGUGGUGCAAUCGAAUCAAAAAAUGCAUCGAUAUGAAUACAAGGUUGAUGACGUGAAUGGAGUGCCCACUAUCAAGGUUCCAAAAGAAGUUGUGGAGAACUCGCCGCCACUAUGGGAAACUUUACUGGUUGGAAAAUUUCUUGAUACAGCCCCUUACAUUGGAAAAAUUCAUGUGCUCGUAAACAGGAUCUGGCCCCUAUCGGAUAAAUCUGUGAAGAUCGAUGUUUUUGUUGUUGACAAAACCACAGUUAAAUUUAGAAUUAAGGAUGAGGUGGUCAGAAACAGAGUUUUAAAAAGGAGAAUGUGGAAUUUGUGCAAUGUGCCGAGUUUGUUUUCAAAAAUUGGAGUCCUAUUGCGGAAGAAGGUGCAAACCCGAGCUGCAAUCUAUUUCCAUUAUGGGUUAAGGUCAAGAAUGUGCCCCGUUCCCAUGUUUGCGUGGAAAGGGUUAUCUUUUUUGACAAGCCCAAUUGGUGCACCGAAGAGUCUACAUCCUGAAAACAGAGUUGUGUACAAGCUUUGAAGAAGCAAAGGUGUUUUGUGGAGGCAGAUUUAACGAAGGAACUCCCAAAAUGCUAUACAUUUGAUAUGGAAAAUG